AUGGCUGUAUUAGGAAAACGGAUGGUUUACUGGAAGACCAGGCCUGAAGUCAAAUCAUCACAUCUGCAACAGAGCAUAGCUGAAGGAUCCCGUAGCACAGAUUCACAUGCCACAUUCGAAAACACUUGGGAUGUUACUAGCCAGUUAGAGAGGCACCAGGAAAACUGGAAAAGAUAUCUGGGGCCAGACACAUCCAACCAGAAGAAAAUCACACCAGAAGAAAAUUUUCAGCAAAAUAAAUUUGGUGAAAACUCUAGAUUGAACACAGUCCUGGUUACACAACUGAACAUUCCUUCAAGGCCUACUGAAUGUGAUGCACUUGGAAGCAACUUGGGACAUAAUCCAGACAUACUUAAUCAGAAUAAUAUCCUUGCAAAAAAGAAACCUUAUAAAUGUGAUAAAUGUAGAAAAGCCUUUAUUCAUAGAUCAUCACUUACUAAACAUGAGAAAACUCAUAAAGGAGAGGGAGCUUUCCCUAAUGGUACAGAUCAGGGGAUUUAUCCUGGAAAGAAACACCAUGAAUGUAGUGACUGUGGGAAAACCUUCCUCUGGAAGACACAGCUUACUGAGCAUCAGAGAAUUCACACUGGGGAGAAGCCCUUUGAAUGUAAUGUUUGUGGGAAGGCCUUCAGGCAUAGCUCAUCACUUGGUCAGCAUGAGAAUGCUCAUACGGGAGAGAAACCUUACCAGUGCAGUCUCUGUGGAAAAGCCUUCCAGCGCAGCUCCUCCCUUGUUCAACACCAGAGAAUUCACACUGGAGAAAAACCCUAUCGAUGCAAUUUAUGUGGAAGAUCUUUUAGGCAUGGCACGUCCCUCACUCAGCAUGAGGUCACACAUAGUGGAGAGAAGCCUUUCCAGUGUAAGGAAUGUGGGAAAGCCUUCAGUCGGUGUUCUUCCCUCGUCCAGCAUGAACGGACUCAUACAGGAGAGAAACCUUUUGAAUGUAGCAUAUGUGGGCGGGCUUUUGGACAGAGUCCAUCCCUUUACAAACAUAUGAGGAUUCAUAAGAGAGGCAAACCUUACCAAAGCAACACCUACAGCAUAGAUUUCAAGCACAGCUCAUCUCUUACUCAAGAUGAAAGCACUGUCACUGAAGUGAAAUCCUAUCAUUGUAAUGACUGUGGGGAAGACUUCAGUCACAUUACUGACUUUACUGACCAUCAGAGGAUCCAUGCCGGACAGAAUCCCUAUGAAUGUGAGCAGAACUUUAAUCAACAACCUAUCUCUCAUCCUGGAGAGAAACCCUAUCAGUGUAAUGUAUGUGGGAAAGCUUUCAAAAGGAGUACAAGCUUUAUAGAGCAUCACAGAAUCCACACUGGAGAGAAACCCUAUGAAUCCUUUUUUAAUAAACUCCUGCAGCAGUGA